UAAAUACCACUCCAUAUCUUCACCACAAGAACCACUCCAACUCCAAUACCUCAUUCUUCUCAUUUCCUCUUUGAACGUCCUUUUCAAUCCUUUUAUAGGCCAGCCACCAUGGGUGUUUUCACAUACGAAACCGAGUUCACCUCAACCAUCUCUCCAGCAAGGUUGUUCAAGGCUUUUAUUCUUGAUGGAGACAACCUCAUCCCAAAGAUUGCUCCUCAGGCAAUUAAACAGGUAGAGAUCCUUGAAGGAGAUGGAGGAGCUGGAACCAUCAAGAAGGUCACUUUUGGUGAAGGGAGUAGCUUUAACUAUGUGAAGCACAGAGUUGAAUCGGUUGACCAAGACAACUUGUCCCACUCCUACACUUUGAUUGAAGGAGAUGCUUUGACAGACAAGCUUGAAAAAAUCUGUUAUGAGACCAAGUUGGUGGCAUCCCCUGAUGGAGGAUCUAUCAUUAAAACUGUCAGCAAGUACUACACUAUUGGUGAUGCUGAAAUUAAGGAAGAGAAUGUUAAGGAAGGCAAAGAGAAGGCAUCUCGGCUGUUCAAGCUCUUUGAAAAAUACCUCAAUGACCACCCUGAUACAUACAACAAUUAAACUUGUUGAAUUUUAUGUCAUAUGUGUGUUUGUCAAGCUUCUUUUGUAUCAUCUAAAGCGUGAUCUUUCAAUAUUGUUUUGUUACUUCUAAAUUUUCUCAUGAACUUUCUAAUAAGAUAGUGAGAGUUGCUACCUAUUAAUUGUACUUUUUUUAGGGGACAAAAUCUAAUAAUAUUAAACCUCUAUGGUAUUAUUCUC